UCACGUGUCGGAGGGCCGACCGGGCGUGCGUGCCGCCGUUGAUCCGGUGCUGCAGUGAGGAGGUGGUUCUCGCCCGUGUUGUGUGUGUGUGAGUGUGAGUGUGUGAGUGAGUGAGAGAGCGAGUGAGUGAGUGAGUGAGUGAGUGUGUGGGGGGACUUGCUUGUUGUCGGUGACUUCCCCCUCCCCUCCACCCUUACCCCUUCCCUGGCGCUGCUGCAGUGGCCGCUCCCUGGGCCGUAGGAAAUGAGCGAUAACGAUGACAUCGAGGUGGAGAGCGACGAAGAGCAACCGAGGUUUCAAUCUGCGGCUGACAAACGGGCUCAUCAUAAUGCACUGGAACGAAAGCGUAGGGACCACAUCAAAGACAGCUUUCACAGUUUGCGGGACUCGGUCCCAUCACUCCAAGGAGAGAAGCAACAGGCAUCCCGGGCCCAAAUCCUAGACAAAGCCACAGAGUAUAUCCAGUAUAUGCGAAGGAAAAACCACACACACCAGCAAGAUAUUGAUGACCUCAAGCGGCAGAAUGCCCUUCUGGAGCAGCAAGUCCGUGCACUGGAGAAAGCGAGGUCGAGUGCCCAACUGCAGACCAACUACCCUUCCUCAGACAACAGCCUCUACACCAACGCCAAGGGCAGCGCCAUCUCUGCCUUCGAUGGGGGCUCGGACUCCAGCUCAGAGUCGGAGCCUGAAGAGCCCCAAAGCAGGAAGAAACUCCGGAUGGAGGCCAGCUAAGCUCUGCCGGGCAGGCCAGCAAUAAAAACUGUCUGUCUCCUCCGUCGUCUCAUCCUCCUUUCAGUUCAUCCUUAGAACCCUCAGAACCAUUUAAGAGACUCUAUUUUUUUCCUUUCUCUUUUUUUUUAAAUUUUAUUUUUACAUAGAAGCUCUUGGACAACAGCUCUCGUUCUCCUUCCCCACUUCCACUAUUUUUUUUUUAAUGUUUCCCUUCAGGGAUUCCCUGUCCCCACCAGGAAUUUUUAAACCAAAACACCCCAACUUGGCAGCUUUUUCUGUGGAGGACAGACGGCCGGCCGGACCUCUGAGCACAUGGUGUCCUGACCACCCACCAGCUCCUCCAGCCCUGCCGGGCACAGGCCCGGAGGACUCCUACCCCUCCCAGGCCUCCCCGGGCCACCCUUGCCUCUGUUUGAUAGACUUUGUGAAUCUGUGGACUGCUCUACUUUAAGAAGAUGACUGGUUUAAGAAGUGAUGAGAAUUAAAAAGCUAUUUAUCGCUCCUGUUGAAAGACCAGAUCCUUGAAGAAGUUUGUGGUGUGAAAGGAAGUGGGGACAGAGUUGCAGCACAGUCUUGGGCCUGUUUCACUCCUGCUUCUCUCAGCCAGCCUUCGGGAGGGCCUCGGGACACUCGUGUGGUUUGGGGGGCGUCAGCAGUGAAGUGGCCGCCAGAGGGUGCUGGGGGUGGGGGGGCAAGGAGGGAGGAGCGGGUGGGGUAGAGGUUUUGUAUUGAGGGCCAGUGAUGAUGUUUUGAUAUUUAUUUCCUGCUACUGAAAUUUGAAUCUGAGUGAAUUGUCCCUAUUUCUGAUGAUGUCGGUAUUGCAAAGCGACAGAUUCAUAAAGUAAUGAUCAAAUCUUCCUUUCUUUCCGUGUGUAUUUCUAAGAAAUAGAGCCAACUGAUUUUGUAUGUAAAUACCAAGAGCAAUUUACCUGGUACUAAACCCGCACCCCAGUGCGGCCCCUUCCCACCCUUGCCCCACGUCCUUUCCGACUGUUCUGGAACCUGUCCCCACGGUGACCCAGCCCUGGUUCUGGCUGCGGUCAGCAGCUCCCAGUGAAGGGUUUUGUGUGUUUAGGCCUCAUUUCUUUGUCUUUUUCCUACUCCGUUCCUGGCAUUUGCUGAUUUCUAGUGUAUACUCUGUAGUCUCAGUCCGUGUUUGAUUCCAUUCCAUGGAAAUAAAAAGUAUGUUGUACAUACUGCCGAAGAAUUGUCUUGCAAGUUAAGGCUUCCCCCUUUACUAUAAGACUAUAAAUAAAAACUUAUUUUAUCCUU